GUCGCUGUUGAGGGGAGAAAUUGACGUCGUACAACAUCCCGUGACGAGAGCUCAUAGUAUGUGAUUGGUUUAUCGUUUUGCGCAUGUGCAGAAAACUUCUUUCGAAUUUCGCAGUUGCACACGACUAAAAAUCGCACCAGGGUGCAGAGGUGGCCGCACAAUAAAGGACAGAGAAAUAAAUACACAGUGAAUUCACAAAUAAAAUCGCCUGACUCAUCUGAAUUCGUAUUUGAUUGCACGUUACGAAGUGAAGAUCUUCAGCACAAACUAGUACUAGUAGCGUUGAAUUGACACGCGGCAUUUGGUACAGAUUCGCACCAUUCAUCGUGCCUGUGACUCCAAAAGAAUGCGACAGCCAGUCUCCUCCUGGGGUCGCCACGGGUGAAAUUUUAACGUACGCGGGAAGAGAACUCUUCGCUGUAAGGGGACAACAUCUACGGUCAGACGAAACCCUACUUCUUUCCCAAAGCAAGAAAGAAACCGCCAGCGCAAAUAAACAUAGAGCGAGAUGCGGGCCGGCAGCAAGCAGUCGCAGACGACUACGCUGGCGAGCACGAAGCCAGAGGAUGAGGAGGACGAUAUUCUGAGUAAAAACGUCCCCACCCCAGAGUCAAGAUGGGGAUUUCGCAACACAAACCUAGAAGUUUUGGUGGUCACGCAUGACAAAUGUCAGUCCGUACUGUAGUGCAGAUUAGCGUGGACAGCCGCAUUACAAAUCCAUCUGCUUAUCCUGUUUACAGCAUUACAAGUUUUAGAACACGAUUGGAAAUGUCUACCAUGGGUAUGCGCAUCACAAAUGUUCCUGUCAUUGGAAAUCAGCAUUACAACUCUGGGGUGGUGACGUUUUUACACAGGAUAGACGAAGAGCCAGAAGAAGAGGAGGAGGAGAACCAGGAUGAUUACUCCGAUGCGAGUACCGAGACUGCCACCGUCGCGUCCGUGCACACCGGGUUCCGUUACUGGGUUAUCGAAUGCAAAAAUGUCUGGGUCUGGAACAAAGCAACUUGUCAUGCUACAUCUGAAUCAUUUAAAAAUCUGUGUUGCAUGAAUACCAAAAGCUGUCCACUUUUGACCUAAUCGAGAGGCAGUUUCUCAUGUAGGAUAGGCAUGAUAGAACUCAUCUCACAGAAUCUGUCAUGCUAUCUCCUACAUACCAGACCUUAUGGGUCAUGGAAAACCUGCAUGACAAGUCUGGCACUCUUCCAGACGCAGACACUUUUGCAGUUGAUAUGGGUGACGGACGGUGAGAUUGUGCGCAGCCGGGGGUUCACCAUCUUUAUCAACGUGACGAUCGCAAUAUGCAUUGCAAAAGUAUCGUACUACUAUAAAUUGCAUCACAAAUUUUUUCAAGAAGAAAAAUGGAAUUUGUAAUGCUGAUUUACCUAAAAAGGGACAUUUGUCAUGCAUGAUAGCAAUUACUACGAGUACGAUACUUUUGCACAGGAUACGCAAUCAACGCGGUGGUGAUCGGAUUGGAAACCGAUCUCAGUUGCCACGUAUACUGUGAUUUUUAGGCACAGAAUUGCCAUAUUGCAGGAUUCGUUCGAUUUGAAUUUGUUCGCAAACAAGCUUCAGCUAGAGUUGUGUCAGGGCUUUUAUUAAUUUGUGAUGUCAUACGUACUAGAACUAGUGCAUGACAAACCUACUGCAAGAAAAUAAACAGUCCACCACAAAUUGCGAACCGUCGGAGUACGUGAUAUGGAACGUUUUCGAGUACGUGUUUCUCAUCAUCUUCUUGGGAGAAAUGAUUCUGAAAAUCAUUGCCUUCUCAUGGCCAGGCUACUGGGCAGACGACUGGAACAAGUAUUUUUUAACACGUUUUUUUCUUUCCGAUUCAUAAGCACGAGUGUUUUACUUUUAGCACGUGCACGAGCACCCAAAUUUAUGAUUCGUGACGCAAGAGGACCCGCACAGUUGUCAUGAACGAAAGUCAUCCCAGGAACGUCUUGUGUGUGUCAAGCUUUCUUCAUUUACCACGACAGGUUUGAUUUUUUCCUGAUCAUGAUGGCUAUUCUGGACACCUGGGUGAUGGCCAUCGUCGGCGGGGGCGGAGGUGGUCUGAAGAUUUUCUCCGUGCUCCGUGUCUUGCGUGCCUUCCGAUUAGUCAGGCUGGUCAAGCUGCUGCGUCAGUUCAAAGAGCUGUACCUUUUGGUGAACGGUAUGGUGGAAGCCUGUAAAACGCUCGUCUGGGUCGCCUGUCUGCUGCUCAUCAUCCUGUAUUAAUUUUUUUGUUUGAUGUUUCUCGCUCGAUCGUGGUUGCUUUCGAUUCGGAUCUUCUUGCAGUACUCGUCAGAACCAUAAAAGAGCUCUUUCAUCUUCAAAAGGUGUUGGGGCUGUUGUGGUUACAUGAAAUUGAUGUCUCAAUAAACAUACCCCCAUCCCCUAGGUACGUGAUCGGCAUCAUCUUCACGAUUUUGAUCGGCCAGAACACGGACCCGGCGCUGCGGUACCUCGGUACUUGGAGCAAGGAGGAUUACUGGGGAUCGGUCCCAAAGUCGAUGUACACUCUGUUCCAAGUGACGACGGGGGAUUCCUGGGGUAGCAAAGUGGCGAGACCAAUUAUCAAGGAAUACCCGGCCUACACGAUCUUUUUCCUGGUUUUCAUCUUCCUGAUCUCCUUCGGUCUGAUGAACAUCGUGCUCGGGGUGAUUUGCGAGAACGCCAUCUACGCCGCCAGUAAAAACACGGAGAACAUGCAGAAGAUCGUGCUGCGACACCAGCAACUGGUGAUCAACUCCAUAACGGCAAUAUUCGAAGCCGCAGACACGGACGGGAGUGGCGAGCUAUCAAGAGAAGAAUUCGACGAGGCGCUUAGCAAGAAGACGGUAUAGUACGGGUGGUUCAUCGUGUUGAUGUUUCUAUAUGCAUAUGCCUUUCAGGGUCGAAACUCACAUGUCGGUAAUCUCGAGGCCCGAAAGAAAAAGAAAUGUGAGUGUAGUUGCAAUAGUACAAAGCACUCUGAGAUAACAGCGACUUGCAUGAAAUGCAAUAUCAAAAUCCAUCUCAGGUGAAGCAAAAGUUAGAAUUAAUCGACGUCCCGCCAGAGGACCUCCGCAUGCUCUUUGACCUCCUCGACGCCGACGGCAGCUAUCAAAUGCAAAAGUGUCUGGGUCCGGAAGGCUGCGAACUUGUGAUGCGUGUUGCGCAUCCUACAAAAAUCUGUAUUGCAUGGCGUGCAAAAGCUGUCCAUUUCUGGCCAUGCUGAGAGAGCAUUUCUCAUGCAGAAUAGGCAUCACCAAGGGGCUGCAGAACCUGUGAUGCUAUGCCCUGCAUUGCAGACUUGGCGGAGCUUGGAAAAACUGCAAAACAAAACGCGGAAUCUUCCAGACCCAGACAUUUUUGCAUUUGAUAGCAGCGGCGAGAUCACGAUAGACGAGUUCCGAAAAGGCUGUCUGAAACUCCAGGGUACGGCGAAGUCGAAAGAAAUGAUAAAACUCGCGGUACACGUGUCGACAUACAACAGCAACUUGGACGACAUGCAGGACGCUAUGGAAGAACAAAACCGAACCUUGAAGAAGAUUUACAACAGGUAAAAGUUUAUAUACCUAGAAAUUUUUGGUCGAGAGUUUGUCAUGCAUCUUGGUACGAACCGAUUCCAGUCGCAUUCAGUAUAACAGUGUGUCAUGGACGAGAUGCUCAGGUAUUCGUUUUGCAAACAUCACCAAGACUGAAAAAUGAAAAUGUUAACUUGUUAAACAAAAUCAGGCUUUACGACCUGGAGAAGCAGUAUUUCCGGCACGAUGCCAGCAAGAAGCCAAAGCGACACGAGGAGGAGGAGGCGGAGGCCCGCGUAUCAAAUGCAAAAAUGUCAUGGUCUGGAAGAAUGCAAACUUGUGAUGCGCAUUUUACAACCCAGAAAAAUCUCUCAUGCACAGGCAGCAAAAGCUGGCCACUUUCUGUCACCAGGAUGGGGCAUUUGUCAUGCGGAUUCGGCAUUGCGGAAGCUUCUCGAAACCUGUGAUGCUAGAGCUUCCAUGGCAGGCCUUCUGUGUCAUGCAAAAGCAGCAUGACUCUUCCAGACCCAGACAUUUUUGCAUUUGAUACCGUGCGACCAGUGGCAAGCCCGUGAGCAUCCUCGGCGCCGUGGCUGCGGCGGGCAGGCACAUUGCACAGAGAAGAGGCGCCAUGGAGGACGGAGAAGAGGGGGGCAAGAAGGAAGGCGAGGGGGCCGAGUACUUUUUACUUUUGCUUUUCUUUCAUCAAGCCUAGCAACAUGGUAUGGUGUUUUUUCAAGUUGUUUGUGUAGACGGCAAAUAAACAAAACCCACGAUAGAAAAUAUACACACAAAUUUUUAGAAGUAGCUCCUAAUUACAGGAAAAACGGAAUAUAAUCGAAUAACAGCGGCGUCCGCAGGAGUAGCCUGGACGCGUUGAAGGGUUUCAUGGGCCGCGGAAAGACAGUGAACAAUCUCGACGAACAUUUUGCGGAACAAGACGAGCAAAAUAGUGGUGAGGGACCCGACCCCGCGGCAACCACCGACAAACCACCACCGCCGCCGGGCGGAAGGUAG